AUGGGAAACGUUCCAGGAGCCGUAAGAUUCACUGAAAAUGACAAGCUUUACUUGCUCAAAAUAGUAAAGAAUGUUCUACCAUCUGGAGCUGAUGAAUGGAACGAAGUGUGCCAAAUGUACAUGGCAGGAAAAAAGAAGCAGGUCGCCGAAGAGAAUGAGGCCAUCAGAUUAAGUACUGGAAAGAAAGGCGUCAAGACCGCUUGUGAGCGUACGGUUACGUCUUUGAGGACCGUAUACAAGUCUUUGAAAGCAAUGAAGGGACCCACGGGAAGCCCCGCCUUGACCGAAACCGUCAGAAUCGCAAGGGAAAUUGAGGAGCUCAUAACCAUCAAGACUUCCCAAUUGGAAUGUGGAGCUGAUGAAAGUCCAGUAGAAAACAAUGCGAAUCCUGUGGAAGCUGUCCUUGGUGCAAAUGGCUUUCGAUCAAUUGACGAAUUGGCUGAGGAGAGCGCCAAGGCGUGCGAUCAAGAUGCACCAUCUCCUCGUUCUGUUGCAAGAACUGUCCCAAUGCCAAGAAAGUCCAGGGGGGCACACCAAUAUAUGGAGGACUUUAAUAGUCAUUUUGGUGUCCUGGCAAGUGCCAUUGCUUCGUCUCUUGGGCAGCAGAAGAGCCCUGCCCCUUUCUCCUCCAGUCUGAACAGUAUGAACGAUGGCAAUCUGGAGAUGAUUGACAACCGUCUUGGGGGUGUUGACAAUGCCUUGGAAGAUGUUAACGUUCGACUGGAGGCGGUCAAAAAUGACAUGAAGAAUGAGCUGAACGAUGUCAAGAAGGAGUUCAGCGAGUUGAAGGAGGCGAUGAUGACGAUGUUUGAUUACAUCAAAACAUCAGUGGCCAAGGAACCAUCUCCUACUUCUUCUGAAAAGGAUAACCAAUUAUUUUUGUUAGAUCCAGAGAACCAUGGCCUUUUAAUUAGUCAAUGUUUGAGAAUGUCAAACAUUCAAUUGCCAUCCGAAGAAGAACAAUCUACGGCCUCGCGCAUUGAGGAGAGACCAAUGGCUGUGCCACGAAAAAGAAUGGCAAAAGAAAACCAUGAGGGUAGCUCUUCUGGCAAGAAAAGCAAAUCGUAUGCCUCGAACGCAUACAUUGAUGACGAGGCCUCGUGUCGAAAUGACACUGAAGAAUCCAAUACAACCAGUGUGGUCGAACCAGUAGAGGUUCCUACCACCUCUUCCAAGGAGGCGGAGGCUAUCAUCACACCAACAGUCGCAAUUCGACAAAACAUGUCGAUUCUAAGUGCUCCACUGCGACUCAAGGCAAUCAGAGUCUUAAAAAUGCCCACUAUGACUGCCACUACCGAGCAAGAAGACAUUGAUAACUUUCUGAAAGAUAUCUUCUUUUAUUUCAAUGCUGGUCAGACUUACGAUGUUUUGGGAAAGUGCAUCCAAUACGUCAGAUGCUAUCACUUUUUCUGUUUCUUGGAAGAAUCCAAAUUACAAGGCAAAGGAUUACAUAAGAAGCACAUGCAAGCAAUCAAAGACGGUCAAUACAGUAAAUACCAGACCAGACUUUUAAAAGCUGCCGGUAAAAGACUCAAUGUCUUACUGAAGGACAUUAAGUACGGCGCUCUUGCCAUUGUAAUUCCUUACUCCGUUGCAGCCUUUGAGCGAUGGAGCUGGGAAAAAUUCCAAAAAUUUAUUAGUGUGAUUAAGCAGAAUAAAGCCUUAACAAAGGAAUUACAAGAUCUUCAGCUUCACUCCUCUUUCUUAGACAAAACUGGAGAAUUAAAUCACGUAUGUUAUAAAGACAGCGACUAA